AGGCACCUGCGGGCGGGCGCGAGGAGCUGCCCGGGCGCGGGCGAUGGGGCCGGCGGAGCGGAGUUCGGGGGUCGGAGCCGCCGAGCCCUUCCACAUCGUCUCCUUCCAGUGGCACCACGUGCAGGACCCCUACAUCAUCGCCCUCUGGAUCCUCGUGGCCAGCCUGGCCAAGAUCGUUUUCCAUUUAUCCCACAAAGUCACUCAUGUGGUUCCUGAGAGCGCUCUGCUAAUUGUCCUCGGCCUCUUCCUGGGUGGGAUUGUAUGGGCAGCAGACCACAUUGCCUCCUUCACCUUGACACCAAAUGUGUUUUUCUUCUAUCUGCUGCCACCCAUUGUCCUCGAUGCUGGCUACUUCAUGCCAAACAGGUUAUUUUUUGGAAACCUUGGCACCAUCCUUUUGUAUGCUGUCAUUGGAACUGUCUGGAAUGCUGCCACAACAGGCUUGUCUCUCUAUGGUGUCCACCUGACUGGAAUCAUGGGGGAUCCUGCUGCUGCUUUAACUACCGUGGCAGGCCAGGGCCACUGGUGUGAAUGUUGCUCAGCUGGAGGAAGGACCUUUUGUGUGGCUGGAUAUACAGGUUCUGUCUCAGAAAGCCACACCAGGGGUUUUGCCAGCAGAGCUGUAUUAUCAACAGUGUGUGACCACGAAGCUUUGCCACCAGAACUGCGCGACCUUAACAUUGGGCUACUGGACUUUCUCCUGUUUGGCAGUCUGAUUGCAGCAGUGGAUCCAGUUGCGGUUUUGGCUGUGUUUGAGGAAGUCCAUGUCAAUGAAGUUCUGUUCAUCAUUGUUUUUGGAGAAUCGCUGCUAAAUGAUGCUGUGACUGUGGUUCUCUACAAUGUCUUUGAGUCCUUUGUUGCAAUAGGAGCAGAAAAUGUGACUGGGGUGGACUGUGUAAAAGGCAUAGUGUCUUUCUUUGUGGUAAGCCUGGGUGGGACACUCGUUGGCGUUGCUUUUGCGUUCCUGCUGUCCCUGGUCACUCGUUUUACCAAACACGUUAGAAUUAUUGAACCCGGAUUUGUGUUUAUCAUCUCAUAUCUGUCUUACCUCACAGCAGAGAUGCUUUCUCUUUCUGCCAUCCUUGCGAUAACUUUCUGUGGCAUCUGCUGUCAAAAAUAUGUCAAAGCUAAUAUUUCUGAGCAGUCUUCUACCACUGUGAGAUAUACCAUGAAAAUGAUGGCUAGUGGAGCUGAGACUAUUAUCUUCAUGUUCCUGGGAAUUUCAGCUGUAAAUCCUGAUAUCUGGACCUGGAACACAGCUUUUAUACUCUUAACAUUGGUCUUCAUCUCAAUAUUCAGAGUCAUUGGGGUCGUUAUACAGACGUGGAUUCUAAACCAUUACAGAAUGGUCCAGCUGGGAAUAAUAGAUCAGGUAGUGAUGUCGUAUGGUGGAUUACGUGGAGCUGUUGCUUUUGCCCUGGUUGCACUUCUGGAUAAGAACAAAAUGAAAGCGAAAAACCUGUUUGUCAGCACAACUAUCAUCGUUGUGUUCUUCACUGUUAUAUUCCAGGGUUUGACCAUCAAGCCUUUGGUCCAGUGGCUGAAAGUGAAGAAAAGUGAACACAGGGACCCCAAACUGAAUGAGAAGCUCCAUGGCAGGGCUUUUGAUCAUAUUCUUUCUGCUAUUGAAGACAUAUCAGGACAAAUAGGACAUAAUUACUUGCGAGACAAGUGGACCAAUUUUGAUAGGAAAAUUCUCAGUAAAGUACUGAUGAGAAGAUCGGCACAGAAAUCAAGAGACCGGAUUCUUAAUGUUUUCCAUGAACUCAACCUGAAGGAUGCCAUUAGUUAUGUGGCUGAGGGAGAGCGUAGAGGGUCCUUGGCAUUUAUUCGAUCCCCAAGUACUGACAACAUAGUCAACGUGGACUUCAGCACACCACGACAAUCUGCUGUAGAAGCCUCUGUCUCCUAUUUAUUGAGAGAAAAAGCUGGUUCAGUUUGCCUUGAUAUGCAAGCCUUAGAGCAGAGGAGGAAAAGCAUCCGAGAUACAGAGGAUACUGUCACUCACCACACACUUCAGCAGUACCUGUACAAGCCCAGGCAAGAGCAUAGACACCUGUACAGUCGACAUGAAAUCAUUCAGAAUGAAGAUGAAAAACAAGACAAAGAGAUAUUCCACAGAACAAUGAGGAAGCGUUUGGACUCUUUCAAGGGUACCAAACUUGGAAUAAACCGUUCCAAAAAGCACAAUAAAAUCCACAAGAGAGACCGUGGCCAAAGAAAGAGAAAUGGUAAUGUCAUACCAAAUGGGAAAAUACCUACAGAAAACCCAGUACAAAAUUUUACAUUGAAGGAAAAAGAUCUGGAAUUUUCUGAUCCAGAAGAAAACAAUGAUUAUGAAUCUCUGCAUGUGGACAAAGGGACUGACUUUUUAGCUGAUGUCACCAAGCAGAAUUUUGCAGAUGCUACUACUGGAAUUGAUAACCCAGUAUUUUCAGCUGAUGAUGAUCAAAGUAUCUACAUGAAGUUCCCACCAUGGUUAUCUAACGAAGAUUCCGUAGUACCGUCACAAAGGGCCCGAGUGCAGAUACCGUACUCUCCAAACAACUUCAGACGGCUCACCCCGUUUCGGCUCAGCAAUAAAUCAGUAGAUUCCUUUUUGCUAGCAGAUGGCCCAGAGGAACGACCCAGAUCUUUUCUCCCAGAAUCAACACAUAUGUAACACGGCUCAUGAUGCUGACCUGACAGGAUACUCAUCUCCAGAGGAGAAGCUGUCUCCGUAUAAAUCUGACCAAGCAAACCAAAAUGCCCCUAUUGCUGAGAAACCCCUCCACUUCAUUCCAUCUUGUCUUCAAGGGCCUUGGACAGAAAGAUAUUCUUCACUGGACAACAGAGGAGGUAUAUCUCUUUCUACUGCCUCAGAUUAUAUAAAUUCUCAUGACUCAAACAUAACUGAACUCUACUGGAAAGCAGACUCAGAUAGAAAUGACAAUCAACCAACAAAUUCAGGAUAUUGUUCAGAAACUAAUUAUGAGCCAGUGAAUUCACAGCAGGACUACUCGAUAGCUAUGCAAGAGGGGCUAGAGGACUUUAAUUCCAAAGACACCCAAGAGAUGAAAUCACUGCUUAGUGUUCCAGGUAAUUAUAGGUCUGCUGCCGCCAGGCGUGUCCAAAGUCGGCGUUCCUUCCACAGGCCAAAACUUUUGCAACAUCCCAAACUUCAGAAGUUAGCAUCUCUCCCACCAUCUUGUCAUAUUCCUCCACAUUCUUUGGAACAAGAGGAAACGCAGCUGUGAGCCAUGAUUUACUUAGGGCAAGAAAGGGGAGAAAGAAUAGGUUGGGACAAAAGAUUGGUGGAACAAGGGAAAAGAAAAACGUAUGAAAACAUUGAGACCCUUUCUGGAACUGUUUCUUGAAAGAAAAAGGAAAAGACCCAUUGGAAACCUGGAGUCUGUUUUGGCCCUAUGUGCAUACUUGUAAUUCCUCGUUUAUUUUACAGGGAUCUAUGGGGAUGUUUCAGUAAGGGAAAGUAUGCUUCCUUGAUAUUUUUUUUUCAUCUGGACUGUUACAAAGAUAAACCUAUUUUCUAAAGGCUAAGACAAGGAGCUUUUCAAAACAGAAGCUGAUCGCUAUUCCUUUUAGCAUGCCAUGUGUUUCUAUAUAACACCAUGGAAGCAAUAAGCUGUGUCUGUUACCUUAAUAAUAGAGCUCCAUAUUCAUGCUGCAUGCAAUUUCUAGACAAGAAGCCAGUGGGUAGUGUCUUGCUAGCUGAGUCUGUUUGGGUUAAAAGGGAUUAGUGCCUUUUUAUAAAAUGUGAAAGCUGAAGAAGAAAUAUUUUCCUACUGUUGCAUUUCUUGUAACACUGUCUAAUGCUUAUUUAAUUAUGGGAUUUUGAGUCUCUGUUGCAAACUCUUAAGAUGAGCUCCCGGACCUAUUGAAAGUAACAACCAUUUUAUAAUUGACUUCUGGGGCGGGGGGCAGGAUUUUGCUGUUGUUUGCUCUGUUAAGUGGUGCUGGGAAUUACCAAAUGUACAGAGCUAAUGUAGAAUUUUAAUUUUAUGUGGUCCUGAACAUCUCAUUUUAUGUUUUUAAUUAAGUUGCUCUCUUCCAAAUGGCCUCCCUCACAUGGAAGUACAAAACACAGGAGAUGUAUUUGGCUGCUCUUGUGUGUCUUCCAAAGCUUUAUUAGAUCAUCUCAGUUAUUUAUACCUCCCCCUUUCUCCAAUAUUUGCUUAACACAGUGAUUUUUCCCAGUAGUCUCAUCUUCUGCAUUCUUUGCCACAUUGUUUAAGUGCCAUGAUGACUCAGGAUGUUAUUUCAAAGUACUGUACCCUCAUAGUUUGGGCUGUACUGUAUGUAUAUAUUUGUACCUGUUUGGAAUUUGAGUUAUUUUCUGUUUUUAUGCUAAAUGAUGAAAAAGUUACACCUGAUCUCUGCUCCCUACAAACUUGCUCUAACCCACAUCCAAGCCAGUGGGAAAGGUCGCUGGAUUAGCCUUGUAUAAGAAUAGAAGUACAAGUGGAAAUGUUCUGAGUGCUUCCUAUUGCAGGCAAAACCUCAACUGAUGCCGCAUGUGUGUAAGCUUCUUCAGAUUGUAGGUCUUAGGAUCAGUGGAAACCUGAAAAUGGAGGAAUCUAACACUAGUUUCUACUCCAUAUACUUGGCACACAUUGACUUAGGCACCUAAGUGUGAUUCUGUUCUACCUUCCUGAGCCCCUGAAAGUCCAUGCAUGCAUCUAGUUUUGUAACAUUUGCUGUUAUCUUGGCCUGAAGAGUGAGUCCCAAAAAGCAGUGAGGAGAAGAACCCACCCAUACUUUAUCUGGAACUUGAGCAAGGUGGAAUAGAGUUGCACUUGGGCACCUAAGUCCACUCGAGCACCUAAUAAGUGGAAUAGACUCUGGCCCUAGAGUCUGUGGCCACCUGUGAAACUGCUGCCCCUCUACUCUUUUCCAUCUUCAGCCUCUGCUAAGAAGGCAGGUUUAGCUACUGCAGGUGCUUGGAUUCCAUGGUGAUGGUGGAUGCUGUAGAAGCUUGGAUAGAUAAACAAGCUACAGUCUGGGGACCAGAUUCAAAUUAUGAACUCAUUUCAUACCAGCCAUCAAACAGGUCUCUGCUUCUAGUUAUUCUAGGCACUGAUUCAUGCCAGUGCCUUUAAAGCCUGUUGCUGCAUCUGCACUAUGGAGCUGCUGCCACUUCAGCUGUGGUGGCCUCACAAUGGCAGCCGGGCCCCCUGGUAUGGGCAUAGACAUCAACCAACAGAAGCUGUGAUGGCAGAAGCUAUCUUCUACCAGCAGAGCUGUGGCUGUACUGAAGUAUUUUCCCAGCAGAACCGUGCUGGUUAUGUAGUGUGAUUUUGUCACCCCAGCUGACAUACCUCUGCCAACAGAACUUUGUGACGUAGACAAAGCCUCUGCGGCUCAACACUGACCCCCUUGCUGGCUUUUGCCAUCCUAUUGUCACUUUCAGUGGGAAAUACUAUGCUGCUUGGUUAAAGUCCUUAAGAACCCUAUGUGUAUAGAAGUUGGUUUUGUAAUUUGAUUAUGUACAUGUAACUAUUUUUGAUCUGAGUCAAUAAGAAUAUUUUUUUAUUAUUAUUUUGAUGAAGAAGAAAAACAUAUUUGUAACAUAGCAGUGCUAGGUAUCAUUCUAGUUAGAGCGAUGUUGGAAAUACUCCUCAUCACUGUGAUUAGACAGCUACACCUCUGACUGACAGUACAAGAAGAAGACUGAAGGCUAGAUGUCCUAAGACAUCUAUACAUGUGACGGAGCUCUGCUCCAAUGUGUGCUAAUAAGCAUGAGUCAGAGCAGACUCAGUCAAUCAAGUCUGCUGGAGCAUACUAAUUAGCGUGCUCCAGCAGCCUCCGUGUCAUGUGUAUUCAGCAUCCCCAUAUUUCAAAAUGACUGGGGGCACUUUAACUAAAGCUCAUUGAACAAGCUUUAAUUAAAGUGCUCCCACUGCCAUUUUGAAAUGCGGGACGCUGAAUACGCAUGACACUACAGGCACUGUAAUUAGAGCGGCUCUUAGAGCUGCUGUAAUUAAAGUGCCCACCCCCACACCAGAGCAUGUAUAUAGACACCCCAAAUGCCUUGAAUCUAUUCUAGUCAAUUACACCCAUGAUGAGUGGGUGAGAAGUGCCCCCACCCAUGGAAAAUCCAGAUUAUAUAGCAUUGUAUACCUGCUGUGCAUGGGUUUGAGGGACUACACAAGGUGCAAGACACUGGAGAAUCAAACCUUGUCUUUAUUCAGAAUGUUUUGGGGCACAUUCAGAAAUAUGCCCUGGCUGUUUUGCUUUGCUUUGCUGAGGCAAAGCAGCCAACACCCCAGUCAAGCAACCCAAUGACUGUUUGCAUCCACAGAGUAGCUUAACGCAGUCAAGAUGUUCUGGUGAAUUGGCCAACCUUUUUGAGGGUAAUUUUCAUAGUCCCUUCUGUAUUAUGACAGCAUAACUCCUAAACGUGAGCACCAAGUCUGAAUGGGUUAGAUGCUAUUUUAAGAUGCAGGUUUCCUAUCACAAACAUCCAAUUCCUUGCACUGUUGUGAAGAUUUCCUUAUUAUGUCAUUGUAGAAAGGAACAGCACUUCAGAUGUCACCACUUCAUAGGGGCUUGCACUGCGAACUGCAUUUUCCAAAGUUUGCUUACGGAAGCUUUUGUGUAUGAUUUUUGUCCACGUGACCUGCAGUGCACAUCAGCAAGCCCUGAUUUGCAUAUUAGUGUUUAUGCAUGUGCAAGUUGAGCAUGCUCAUAUAUUUGAACAUGUUGCUUUCUGUCCAUGAUCAUAGGAUCAUGGGAAUGUAGGGCUGGAAGGGACCUCCCCAGGUCAUUUAGUCCAGCCCCUUGCCCAGGACAGGAUUAUCCCUGACUAAACCCCUUUAGUCAAGUGUCUGUCCAACCUGCUAUUGAAAAUUUCCAGCAAUGGAGGUUUCACAACUUCUCUAGGUAGCCUAUUCCAAUGCUUGACCACCCUCAUAGAAUGAAAGUUCCUCCUAUCCAACCUGAAUUUCCCCUGCUGUAGCUUGAGUCCAUUGCUCCUAGUCCUGUUCCCUAUGGGCGCAUCCUGACAAAUGUACACAUGCAGGGAUGCACGUUUCUGAUACAACAAAUAGCAGUGGCACAUAUUUGUGCCACUAUUUCUUCGCAGGUGAGCCCCUGCACUCAUGCUCCAGAAUACAGCAAAUAGACCUGCAUGGGGUAGGGGAAGUCUGGUGCCAGCACUUGUGUGCUUAUUGGGAUGUACCCUAUGGCUGCAGAAAAAGCCCAUCUCCAUCUUCUCUAUAAUCACCCUUAAAGUAUUUGAAGCCUGUUAUAAAAUCCCUCUUCAUUGCAUCCUGUUCUCAUGUGUUGCUGUAGCAAACAAGAAGGGUGAGGCAAUAAAACUAUCUGUAGAAAUAUAACAAUAGCUGAAAAAAUAGGAGUCUACAAACAUAGAGUGCUAUGGAUCAUGUUAAUUUGCUGCUAUGUAAAAAUGAAUAGGAAGGCAUUUUCUUAAUAGAAGUAACAGAGAGAGACUUGUAGACACAGGAUCUAAUUCUUCUUUUACUUGUUCAUGCCAGAAAGAUUUGUUCAGUGGAGUUGGACAGGUGGAGUUUCUACCAGCCUCUUCCACCCGUAGCUUCCAGCCUCUUACCUCUCCCAGCCCUCCAUGUGGAGAAUCUUUUUCUUAAUGUAGCUUAUAACAGCUCCAAGAACAAAACAAGCUGAAGCGACAGAAGAUUUUUUGUGUUAUAACUUCUUUCCAAUAGGUCUUUUGCUUGCUUAAGGGUGUGAUAUUUCUCACCCCCCUGGUCAACAAAGCUGGGUUGGGAAAAUGUUUAAAUGCAGACUUGACAUUAUUUUAGUGUAGCUCCACUUUCUCCAAAAGCAUUACUCUUGGUAUACCUUAAGAUCACUGCAAGGAGAAUUGGGCCCAAAAUUGUUAUAGUAUAACUCACUUUAGCUCCUUAUCUUUCCCACAAACUGUUGAGGUGCAAUAUAUAUCCUUGUAGUGUAGAUACUGAGCCAGUUCUUCAGCAGAUGUAAAUCAAUGUCAUUCCUUUACUUCAGUGCAGCCACAUGGAUUUAUGCCAGCUGAGGCUCAGCCCUUGUGUGUUUUAGUAAUUUGUGUUUUGGUAUCGCAUCAUGUAAAAAUGCAACUUUACAGGAAAUGUUUAAAGCAUAAUAGGCCUGAUGGGCUAUGGCACCUUGCACAGUUUGUUUCACCUGAACAAAUUGAAGAUUAAAUGUUGCCAAGUCAGACAAGGUGAAAAGCUGUGAAGAACUGGAGUGCAGGGUUAAAGUUUCCAGUUGGUAGAUCAGCAGAGCUCUAUUGAGGCCAAUAUAGCCAUAGCUGGUCUACACAGGCUGAGAAUCUGGCUCUAGUUUUUUUUAUUAAUGUGUUCUCUUGCCGAUGUUUUAUAGUUUGUGGGAAAUUCCACAGUCUCUAUUUAUUAAAUAGGUAAUAAUGGCCUACUUUAUUGCACAAAGAUGAAAUACAUAAAUAUGUAAUGUCUUUUCUAUAAAAUUUGCUCCAAAGAUAGGAUUUUUUACAAUGUUUAUUUUGUGCUGCACUAUUAACCUACUAAUGUUAAAAAAAUGAAAGUGUGUAGUCCGAAUUAAGAUGAAUUAUGUCUCUGUGAGCUGUGAAGAUAAUUAUCUGAAAUGCUGUUUUAUAAAUGUAUGAUCUAAUCAGAAUUUUAUGUAACAGAGAUGGUAAAAUAAUGAUGUGCCUUAAAAUGUCCUUCUCUGGAGAAACUUCUGUUUGGAGAUCUGGUGUGCACGUUCCAAACAGUGUCAACUCCCUUUGUAUAUUUUAAAACAGUAAAUCUGUUUUUAAAAUGUCUUUAUAAAUACGUUUUAAAGGAUAUCAUGAUGAAAACUUUGGUAAUAAAUUGCAUGAAAUUGGUGUAAUCAUGCUACAAUGGUAAAGCUGGCUUAUUUAGCUCACCCACAUGAAACCAAUAUUUACAAGACGCUCCAUCAUUAAAAUAAUUUAUUGA